UGGGCAGUAGGGAGUUUCUGCUGGGGUCUGGAUUGGAGAUAACACGCGCCGGACCCCGCCUUGUAUGACUGGAGUCUAAAAGGGAAAAAGGACCCCCUCUCGCCUCAAAGAGUCUACAUGUCUAACAUUUAGACAUGUUCAGCUUUGUGGAUAUUCGGUUAGCGCUGUUGCUCGCAGCGACAGCACUUUUGGCAAGAGGUCAAGGCGAGGACGACAAAUCAAAUUCAGUCUGUUCGUGGCAAGGACAGGAGUACAACGACAAAGAUGUGUGGAAACCUGAGCCCUGCCAGAUCUGCGUAUGUGACAGUGGCUCUGUCAUGUGCGACGAUGUGAUCUGCGAAGACAUUGACUGCCCCAAUCCAGAAAUCCCAUUCGGUGAAUGCUGCCCCAUUUGCCCGGAAGAUAACGGUCCCCUGCAGCCCGAGGGACCCAAGGGUGACCCUGGACCUAAAGGUGACAGGGGUGUCCCUGGGCCUCCUGGCAAUGAUGGCAUCCCCGGACAACCAGGCCUCCCUGGGCCUCCUGGACCUCCUGGACCCCCUGGCCUUGGCGGAAACCUUUCUCCCCAAAUGUCUUAUGGCUACGAUGAGAAAUCUGCUGGUGGACCUGCAGUUCCUGGCCCCAUGGGUCCUAUGGGUCCCCGUGGUCUCCCUGGUCCUCCUGGACCUUCUGGACCCCAAGGUUUCACUGGCCCCCCUGGUGAGCCUGGUGAGCCCGGUGCUGCUGGUCCAAUGGGUUCCCGCGGCCCACCUGGCCCCCCUGGCAAGAACGGAGAGGAUGGUGAGGCUGGCAAAUCUGGUCGCCCUGGUGAGCGUGGUCCAGCUGGCCCACAGGGUGCUCGCGGAUUCCCCGGAACCCCUGGACUCCCCGGAAUCAAGGGACACAGAGGCUUCAGCGGUCUAGAUGGAGCUAAGGGAGACACUGGCCCUGCUGGACCCAAAGGAGAGGCUGGUGCCUCUGGUGAGAAUGGAGCUCCUGGUACAAUGGGUCCUCGCGGUCUCCCUGGUGAGAGAGGUCGUCCUGGUCCUUCUGGCCCUUCUGGUGCUCGUGGUAACGAUGGUGCUUCUGGAGCUGCUGGACCUCCUGGACCCACUGGCCCAGCUGGUCCCCCUGGAUUCCCCGGAGGUGCUGGACCUAAGGGAGAAACUGGUCCUGCUGGAUCUCGUGGUUCUGAGGGACCUCAGGGAGCCCGUGGUGAGCCCGGUAAUCCUGGACCUGCUGGCUCUGCUGGCCCUGCUGGCAACCCCGGUUCUGAUGGUGCUCCAGGUUCCAAGGGUGCUCCUGGUGCUGCUGGUAUUGCUGGUGCCCCUGGCUUCCCUGGACCCCGUGGUCCCUCUGGACCACAAGGCCCUGCUGGAGGUCCUGGUGCUAAGGGUAACAAUGGUGAUACAGGUGCCCCUGGUUCCAGGGGAGAGCCUGGUGCCAAGGGAGAGCCAGGCCCCGUUGGAGGACAAGGACCUCCUGGCCCUGCUGGAGAGGAGGGCAAGAGAGGAGGUCGUGGUGAGCCUGGUGGCGCUGGACCUCGUGGACCCCCUGGAGAGCGCGGUGGGCCUGGUGCUCGUGGUUUCCCUGGUUCUGAUGGAGCUGCUGGCCCCAAGGGUGCCCCUGGUGAGCGUGGUCCCACUGGAGCUGUCGGACCCCAGGGUGCAUCUGGUGAGCCUGGACGCCCUGGUGAGCCUGGUAUGCCUGGAUCCAAGGGUAUGACUGGCAGCCCCGGUAGCCCUGGCCCUGAUGGCAAGGUUGGCCCUGCUGGUGCCCCUGGACAAGAUGGCCGCGCUGGACCCCCAGGCCCAGCUGGAGCCAGAGGUCAGCCUGGUGUCAUGGGAUUCCCAGGACCCAAGGGAGCUGCUGGUGAUGCUGGCAAGCCUGGUGAGAGAGGUGUUAUGGGACCUUCUGGUGCUGUUGGUGCCCCUGGCAAAGAUGGUGAUGUUGGUGCUCCCGGUGCCCCUGGCCCUGCUGGACCUGCUGGAGACAGAGGUGAACAGGGACCUUCUGGUCCAUCUGGAUUCCAGGGUCUGCCUGGACCUCAAGGUGCUGCUGGUGAGUCUGGCAAGUCCGGAGAGCAGGGUGCACCUGGUGAAGUUGGAGGACCAGGACCUGCUGGACCCAGAGGCGAAAGAGGUUUCCCUGGUGAGCGUGGUGCCCCUGGCCCAGUUGGCCCUGUAGGUGUUCGCGGAUCUCCUGGUGCUUCUGGUAACGAUGGUGCAAAGGGUGAGCCCGGUGCUGCUGGUGCCCCUGGUGGUCAGGGCCCUCCAGGUCUGCAAGGUAUGCCCGGAGAGCGUGGUGCUGGUGGUCUUCCAGGGCUCAGGGGUGACAGAGGUGAUGCUGGACCUAAGGGUGGUGAUGGUGCUCCUGGCAAAGAUGGAAUCCGUGGCAUGACUGGUCCCAUUGGUCCUCCUGGCCCUGCUGGUGCACCUGGUGAGAAGGGUGAGAGUGGACCUGUUGGCCCUUCUGGUCCUACUGGUUCUCGUGGUUCCCCUGGUGAGCGCGGUGAGGCUGGUCCCCCAGGACCUGCUGGGUUUGCUGGACCUCCUGGUGCUGAUGGCCAGCCUGGUGCUAAGGGAGAGGGUGGAGACUCUGGUCCUAAGGGUGAUGCUGGUGCCCCUGGCCCUUCUGGACCUGCUGGCCCUCCUGGACCUCAGGGUCCUGCUGGUGUUACUGGACCUAAAGGUGCUCGUGGUGCUCCUGGUCCUCCUGGUGCUGCUGGAUUCCCUGGUGCUGCUGGUAGAGUUGGGCCUCCCGGUCCUGCUGGUAACAGCGGCCCCCCUGGACCCCCUGGACCUGGAGGAAAGGAAGGACAGAGAGGUAACCGUGGUGAGACUGGUGCUGCUGGCCGCUCCGGUGAGCCUGGUCCUGCUGGACCUGCUGGACCUUCUGGAGAAAAGGGAUCUCCUGGUGCUGAUGGCCCAUCUGGUGCUCCUGGUAUCCCCGGACCUCAGGGUAUUGCUGGACAGCGUGGUAUUGUGGGUCUGCCCGGACAGAGAGGCGAGCGUGGUUUCCCUGGUCUCCCAGGUCCAGGUGGAGAGCCUGGCAAGCAGGGAUCUGGUGGCCCUGUUGGUGAACGUGGACCUCCUGGCCCUAUGGGACCCCCUGGUCUGGCUGGUGCUCCUGGUGAACCUGGUCGUGAGGGUUCUCCUGGUGCUGAGGGUACUUCUGGUCGUGAUGGACCUCCUGGCCCUAAGGGAGACCGUGGUGAGUCUGGUGUUGCUGGAGCUCCUGGUGCCCCCGGACCUCCUGGUGCCCCUGGUCCCGUUGGCCCAUCUGGCAAGACUGGUGAUCGUGGAGAGGGUGGCCCUGCUGGUCCUGCUGGCCCCGCUGGUCCUGCUGGCGCUCGUGGUGCUCUUGGUCCUGCUGGUCCCCGCGGUGACAAGGGUGAGGCUGGAGAAGCUGGUGAGAGAGGCAUGAAGGGACACAGAGGUUUCACUGGACUCCAGGGUCUGCCUGGACCUGCUGGACCUCCUGGAGAGGCAGGACCUGCUGGAGCCACUGGCCCUGCUGGACCUAGGGGACCUUCUGGUGGUGCUGGCUCUCCUGGUAAAGAUGGUAUUAGUGGCCUGCCUGGUCCCAUUGGACCACCUGGACCCCGCGGUCGCGUUGGUGAAAUUGGACCUGCUGGACCUCCUGGACCUCCUGGACCCCCUGGACCUCCUGGACCUCCUGGUGGUGGAUUCGACCUUGGUUACAUUGCCCAACCUUCCCAGGAGAAGGCCCCUGAUCCUUACCGCAGUGGCUACAGAGCUGAUGAUGCUAACAUGAUGCGUGACCGUGAUAUGGAGGUUGACACCACCCUCAAGUCCCUAAGCCAGAAGAUUGAGAACAUCCGCAGCCCUGAUGGCACCAAGAAGAACCCAGCCCGCACCUGCCGUGACCUUAAGAUGUGCCACCCUGACUGGAAGAGCGGUGAAUACUGGAUUGAUCCCAACCAGGGAUGCACUCUGGAUGCCAUCAAGGUCCACUGCAACCUCGAGACCGGCGAGACCUGCGUCUACCCAGCUCAGACUGACAUUCCCAAGAAGAACUGGUACACAAGCAAGAACCCCAAGGAGAAGAAGCAUGUCUGGUUCAGCGAGGCAAUGACCGAGGGCUUCCAGUUCCAGUAUGGCAGCGAGGGCUCCGAUCCUGAGGAUGUCAACAUCCAGCUCACCUUCCUGCGCCUGAUGUCCAACGAAGCCUCUCAGAACCUUACAUACCACUGCAAGAACAGCAUCGCUUACAUGGACCAGCAGGCCGGCAACCUGAAGAAGGCCCUGCUGCUGCAAGGCUCCAAUGACAUCGAGAUCAGAGCUGAGGGCAACAGCCGCUUCACAUACAGCGUCAGCGAGGAUGGCUGCACGUCACACACUGGCGCAUGGGGCAAGACAGUCAUCGACUACAAGACAACGAAAACAUCUCGUCUGCCUAUUAUUGACAUCGCUCCUAUGGACGUUGGUGCACCCAAUCAGGAAUUUGGCAUUGAAGUCGGCCCAGUCUGCUUCUUGUAAAAAUGAAAUCUGGACUUGAAAGUGUUUUUUUUCUAGCAGUCAUCUCUCUAAACUCUUUUUCUAUGCAUUAAAAACUUAAAAGAUUCAUUUGGCCCCCAAAUGGUCCACUUGCUUAAAACUACAUUCCUGAGGACGGUGUUUGUGUCUUGUCAACUUUAACAGCAUUUUUUGGGACCACUAUUUUUACCGACACCAAGGACACUUUAAAAUUAUCUUUUGGUUCACUGGCAACAAGAAAAUAAUAUGUACUUGUAAAGUGUAAAAUCUCCCUGGAGCUUAAACAAAGAAAACAACCAUAAAUGAAAUACAGGUGACUUUUUGCCGUUUUUUACCGCUGCGAAAGGACAAUGAAAAAACAAAUGCUAUGUACCAUUUCUGGUGUUAAAUAAAUUUGAAAAACGUCAGUGAAGUGUCUUCUUGUUCUAACCGCAAGGGAAACAGCCACCGGAGAGUCAUUGUUCUUGAAAGUCACACAAGGAAUGGUAGAGACAGGGGUCUGACUUCAUUUUGAAAUCUUAUGGCUACCUCAGAAAAGAAAUCCAUUUAUUUGGAAAUACCAGGCAAGGUUUUACACAAAAACAUAUGGUCUAUAAAAGCAAGUAACAGCUGUGAAAGGUGCUAUUUCUUUAUGAGGUCCUGUCAGUGGUGUAUAAUGAAAAAAAAACCUUUUUCCGUUAUAUACUAUUGUCACUGAUGCUUGCAGGAUCUUUGGUGCUACAAAACAACAAAUGUCUUGCUGUCAGAACAAACCAGUUGUUAUUUUUUCUAAAGUGUUUGUAAAAACCUCUAAAGCAGAGUUCAUCUUCGGGAGCAUUACUGUAUAUAUGAGGAAUACAUUACUGUCUGAUGUAGAUUAAGCAGGUGGACUGAAGUUUUGUCUUUGGUAUUUUCAGUUCAUGAUCUCGUAACAUUCUCCCUUCAUUUAUGUUUUUUUUUCGGUUCCCCUCUUCUGUUUUCGUGUCAGCACUUCAGGUAGUACACCCACUUUCACACUUUUUUUUUGUUUUGUGUUCAUUUUCUUUUCAGCAAAAGGUUUUUAAAAAAUGAAAACAAGAAAAAAAAAUUGAAAAGACCAAAAAUCAAAGAAGCAGACACACUUUUUGGGGUUUAACACAAUCUGUACCUAUUUUGUAUAUGUAUAAUAAUUUGAGAUGUUUUUAAUUAUUUUGGAUGCUGAAAUAAAGCAUGUUAAGUGGUCUACCAUAAAUCUGUGACAUGUUAUCUUGACUUUUUUCCAGACUGCUCACUAGACUUCAACGAAGCACAGCUUGCACCUGUUACAGAUGUUUCCAUUAAACAAAUACAAUAUUAAAAGACAACAUUGAAAAA